GUGAUAGUUCUCUUACAUAUAAAUAUGUACUCUCAUCUCCAAUAUAAAUAUACCUUCCUACUUCUUCAAUAUGUUUUAUAUCUUUAUUCUCUACAUGGUAUCAGAGCAUGUUAGAUACCUGAUAAUUUUUUCUACUGUACGUAUUUAUGAAUAGUACUGUACGUAUUUAUGAAUAGUACUGUACGUAUUUAUGAAUAGUUUUUUUUUUCUAUUCCUAUAAGUAUGCUCUGUGGUUGCAGCAUUGUCUGAUCUUCCACAUCAGAAAAUUUUUUCUUCUUUGUUUUCCUUCAUAUCUCCGGCUGGCACUACUAUUGCUGCUCGGGUCUCCCCGUCGCACAGCCUCCCUCUCUAGCUUUUGUUCUCAGCCAACGCUGCUGUCUAUUCUCUAUAUAGGGUUUGAGUUUUCUAAUCCUUUUACAUCAUGUCUGAUUCAAAAUCCGCUGCCCUAGGAACCACCAUAAAAUUGAAUGGUUCCAAUUAUCUUCUCUGGUCUCGUGCCUUUCUAUUGUUCUUAGGCUCUCAGAAAAAGAAAACACAUGUUCUAAGUGAUCCAGUUGCUUCUACGGAUCUCAAAUAUGAUGCCUGGAGUGCCGACGAUUGUGCUGUCAUGACUUGGCUUUUGAAUAGUCUUGAAGACUCGGUUAGUAAGAAUAUCAUGUUCUUAGAAACUGCUAAGGCCAUGUGGGAUACAUUGCGGCAGAUGUAUUCCAAUGACAAGAACGUAUCUCGUGUCUUCGAGUUAUAUGAGAAACUUUUCUCUCAUACUCAGUCUGGCCAAACAGUUAAUGACUAUUUCUCUACACUCAAGGGACUUGCUGAUGAAAUUCUUGUUUAUCAUCCACUAUCCUGUUCUGUCACUCAGCGGGCCACACAGUGGGAAGAGUUCAUGGUUGCCAAAUUCUUAUCAGGUUUGGAUGCUGAUCUCCGACCAGUUCGUGACAGCCUGUUAUCAAGUGAUAAUGUUCCAUCAUUAUCCAAUGCCUUAUCUCGUGUGUUGCGGGUUUCCACUGGUCGUACCGAUGAUGCUACUUCACCUAAUUCUUCUGCCAUGGCUGCUCGCGGUCAGAAUUCUCAUGUUAGUACUUCUUUUUCGCCCUCCAGCCAGGCUGUUCAGAAUCAAAAUUAUGCUCACGGUCAAAAUUCUUACGGUGGUCGUGGUCGUGGCCGUAGUGGUGAACGAGGUCGUGGCCGAGGUCGCGGUUCUGAUCGUUAUUGUGAGUAUUGCCACCGAACCAACCACACGUCUGAAAAUUGUUGGAAAACCUUUGGCAAACCAGGUCGGGCUCAUACAGUUGUUCCUGAUCCUCAGUCUUCCUCCAGUGAUGAUACGGUCUCGCUCUCACGGGCUCAAUACGACAAACUGAUCCAAUCCAUCAAUUUGUCAUCUGGUACUGCUCCAUCUACUAGUGCAGCCUCUCCUAUAGUUGCUUCUGCAGGUGCGUUUUCCGUGUCUCAUGGAUCUGCAGACGAAGAGGACGAUUGGUGGAGGACAUGAGCGUGACGGGGUUUACUACUUGGAUUCUGGUAUUCCUGCACCUUCGCGUGCUCUCUCUGCCACCGUGACUCCAUAUCAGUGGCAUUGUCGCCUUGGUCAUCCGUCGCCGUCUAGUCUUCGCAGUUUAAUUCCUACUUCGUCUGUUGAAUUUCAAUGUGAGUCUUGUGAGUUGGGCAAACACCAUCGCACAUCUUUUCCUUCUAGAAUUGAUAAACGUAGUUCUUUUGCUUUUGAGCUUGUUCAUUGUGAUGUUUGGGGUCAGAGUCGAGUUGAGUCUAGAGGGGGUUUCAGAUAUUUUAUGGUCUUGGUUGAUGAUUAUUCGCGU